AUGGCGGCGUUCCGGGAGCUCGGGAUCUCGCCGUGGCUCGCGGAGCAGGCGCGGCAGGUCGGGCUCACCCGGCCCACGCCCGUGCAGGCCGCCUGCAUCCCCGCCGUGCUGCAGGGGCGCCAGACCCUGCUGUUCAGUGCCACCCUCACUGCCACCCUCAGCGAGCUCAGGGGCCUGGCUGCCAAUGAGCCCUUCUUCUGGGAGGCCAAAUCUGAGGUGAGGACGGUGGAGGAGCUGGACCAGCGGUACCUGCUCGUGCCCGAGGCAGUGAAAGAUGCCUACCUGGUGCACCUGAUCCAGACAUUCCAGGACGAGCACGAGGACUGGUCCAUCAUCAUCUUCACUAAAACCUGCAAGGACUGCCAGGUCUUGAACAUGAUGCUCAGGAAGUACAACUUCCCUUCUGUAGCUCUGCAUUCCAUGAUGAAACAGAGGCAGCGAUUUGCAGCUUUAGCCAAGUUCAAAUCCAGCAUCUUCAAGAUUCUCAUUGCCACUGAUGUUGCUGCCAGAGGGUUGGACAUCCCCACAGUCCAGGUUGUGAUCAAUCACAACACUCCAGGCCUGCCCAAAAUCUACAUCCACCGGGUGGGCCGGACGGCGCGCGCGGGCCGGAAGGGAGUUGCCAUCACCCUGGUGACACAGUACGACAUCCACCUGGUGCACGCCAUCGAGCAGGAGAUCAAGCUGCAGCUGAAGGAGUUCUCUGUGGAGGAGCAGCAGGUGCUGGACAUCCUCACCCAAGUGAACGUCACCAGGAGGGAGUGUGAGAUUGAGCUGGAGGGGAUGGAUUUUGAUGAGAAGAAAGAAAUAAAUAAGAGGAAACAGAUGAUCCUUGAGGGGAAGGAUCCAGACCUGGAGGCCAAAAGGAAGGCAGAGCUGGCCAAGAUCAAGAAGAAAAACAAGGAAUGCCGGGAGAAGGUGCAGCAGACCCUGGAGAGGAGGAAGCAGCUGCAGCUGAGGAAGAAACUGCAGAAGAAGAUGGAGCGGCGGAACAAGCGCAAGGUGACGGAGGAGCAGUGACAGCCCCAGGCCUGGCCUGGACUGCCCUGAUUGUGCUGCUGCUUUGGGAAUAUUGGGAUCUGACACCUUUUAAUGUGGACACUUCUGACUGAAAUCAGUGUUGGGGAGAAGGGAAGAAUCCCAGAAUCCCAGAAUGGGUUGGCUUGGAAAGACCUUAAAGAUCAACAAGUCCCACCCCUUGCCAUGGGCAGGGAC